AAUGACAUUUCACGCGUCAGCGAGUGAACGAAAACUGCACGAAAAAAUGAUACCCAAUUUGACAGAUUAUGUAAGCCGAAAAUCUUCGUAGCUCGGAACGAGAUCGAAAAAAGGUGUGUAACUUCCUCGGUAUCAUCUCCGCUUGAGUAAAGAUGGCCGCACGCAGAAUCGCCCAAUCCAGCGUCAACUGGGCCGCUUUGGCAGAACGCGUUCCGCCGAACCAAAAAACUAACCUUACCGCCUUCAAAUCGAUGAGCGACAAGUAUUUGCGAAGCGUUAUGGCCAACCCAGAAAAUCCUCCUAAGCUAGACUGGGCCUACUACCAGAAGAACGUGCCCAUCGCCGGAAUGGUGGACAAGUUCCAGAAGGCUUACGAAGCUCUGCAAAUCCCGUACCCGGCCGAUACCGUGACAGCUCAGGUCGAAGCCCAGGAAAAACAGGUUCGCGAGGAAAUUUCCAAGUUCUGCAAGGAAUCCGAGGCCCGAAUUGCCGACUACCAGAGCCAGAUUGCCGCCCUCAAGGCUCUGCUUCCAUUCGACCAGAUGACCAUGGAAGAUUACCGCGAUGCUUACCCAGACCAAGCUUUGGACGCGAUCAAUCGCCCAUCAUUCUGGCCACACACCCCCGAGGAACAGGAAGUCGGUGCUCCCAAUGCUGAGCCACACCAUUAGAGGAUUUUCGAAGCUAUCGGGCAGUAUAUAUUAUUACCAGUAAAUCUGGCGUUAGAACAUCAAAUUGGUCAAAUUUAUUGAAUAAAAGCUAUCGUGAAAACUGAAUUUAUUUGAAA